ACAUCAUAAAAUUUCAACAAAAACACAAAAUCAUAGAAUCUUAAAACACUAAACAAAAUUUAUUUAUUAAAAAUACAAAUAAAUACAAUCAAAAAGCACAAAUAUGGAAACAAAGCCAGUUUGGUGUAUCCUUGGCUCGGGAGGACAUACAGCUGAAAUGUGCAUAAUACUGCAAGGACUACUGCAAAAGACCAAAGAUCUCAACAACUAUAAACCCAUGAAAUUUCUUGUGGCAAAUACAGAUAAAACUUCCAAGGACAAAAUACAAUUAACAAUGGAUGAGUUAAAACAAAACGUCAGCGAAGAUGAUUUUAUUUACAUACCACGAGCACGAGAGGUAGGUCAGAGUUGGUUUACCACAGUAUUUACAUUUCUUUAUGCUCUGGUCUGGAGCUUUUGGUUGGUUUUUAAAGAGAAACCCCGCUUAAUAUUGUGCAAUGGGCCCGGCACUUGUGUACCCUUUUGUAUAGCCGGCUUUCUCUCGAAGCUGGCACGAAGAUCAAAAACAAAACUGGUGUAUGUAGAAAGUUUUUGCCGUGUCCAUGAGAUAUCGAUGUCAGGCCGUAUACUCUUGCCCUAUUUGGAUGUUAUGAUUGUGCAGUGGGAACCACUGACGAGAAUUGAAUAUUUGGGUCGUAAAAAGAUAAAAUAUUUUGGAAACAUUUUGUAAAUGUUGCGGCCAAAUUUUAUAAAAGUUAGAAAUCUAAGAUAUUAAGAAAAACACAAAGGAUUUUGUUUAUAGCAAGUAAAUUUAAAGGAAGGCGAUUAAUUGUUACUGAUAAUUGUUAUUGAUAGGAAAAUUUUAUAAAAUUUUGUUCUUUUACAUAUUUUGUUAUCGUAACAAAAUACAAGUAAUUUUUUUCUAAACACUUUGUAAAUUUGUUCCAGCACUUGCUUCCUUUAUUUUCUUU